AUGUCUAUCCCAUUGACUCCAAAACUUCAAACUGAAGACGCUUCUAGCUUCGCUUUUAAGCAGCGAUUUGGAAAAAUCAACUGAGAACAAAUAAAAUACCUCGACCUAGACACUGCAUUUCAAGCUGGAGACAUUGAUAACUUGCAGCCAAUUAUAGAAAAUCUUACAUAUUCCACUAUCGACCGUGAAGAUUUAGAAAGAAUCGGUGACUCAAACGUCCUCAAAAUUUUUAAGCUUUCCCAGCUAGCUAUUGAAUAUCUUUUAUUUGUCCAAAACAAGCUAUACCAGCAAGGCAGCUCCUCAGAGUCCCAAUACAAGUCUUAUUUCGAGCAAAACCAAAGUUUACAAUUAUCAUUAACUUCUAAUGAAAAAGAAAUAAACGCUUUGAAAAAUGAGCUCAAGCAGAAAAAACGCGCCGUGACCACUUAUGAGUACCUAUUAAGGCAGCCCUCAUCUGCAGCUAUUAUGAAUAAAGUCAUGACCCGGGCAAAUGCAGUAAAAUGUGAACACUGCUCAAAAUGCUUCGUUUCUCAAGAAUUUUUAGAAAAACAUAAAGCGAGGAGGCAUAUUCCAGGGAAAUCUCAAAGCGUCGAAAUUUUGCCUCAGACUCCGCCAACACAGAUUGAUAUUGUACCGAUAAUGGACACUUUAAGCAAUUUUAUGACCCAGCAGCUGCAAAUUUUGUCAGAGACGAAUCUUAAAGGGAUACAGGUUAUGAAGGAGCUAUAUGAGUCAAAAAUUACUGAAAUUAACAGUAUUCAGGAAGCCCAGAGGUCAAUUCAGAUGAGGGAAACUCAGCAGAGAUAUUCUUUUGCGCUACAAGAAGAACAGAUAAGUAGAGAAUACAUUGAAAAACAGUUGCUUAUUGAAGAGCAGAAAAAGAAAAUUGAAGAAAAUGAACGAAAAAUCAAUGAAAUGAAGCAAAAUAAAGAAGUGAUUAGCAAGAAAAAAGAGGAAUUAGAAAAAAUCACGCAGGAAGAGGUUGAGGAACAAAAAGUAGAAAUUCCUGCAGAAAUGCAGCCGGUUACUAUAAAAAUGCCAGAAAAAAAAUUGGUUGAAGAAGUCAAAAUUACUACGUCGAAUGCAAGGGAGCUUGAAGAUGAUUCAGGAUCUGAAAAAGAAGAGAUUCAGGAGGUUUCGAUUAAAAUAAAAUCUAAUGCAGAAGAACUUGAAGAUGAUUCUGCGUCUGAAGAAGAAAAAAUUGAACAGCCAUCACUUAAGGUGGAAAAGUCAAUUGAAGAAAUUGCUAUUCAGAAGCCACAACGCAGAGAACAAAUAUCAAAAGAAAUCGAAACCGAAAAAGAAAACAUAGAAACUCAAAUUGAUUUUCCACAAGAAAAAUUAAUAAAAAAAGAAAUAGACCCAGCAAGACGAAAAAAGUGUAUUUCUAUUGCAGAGGGUAUAAGGCCAUUAAUGCAAAGGCAAACUCAUUUAGCUUUUCAUGAAAAAUAUUCAUCUCCUAUUACAACUUUUUUUUACUAUGAUUACCAGUAUUUAACUGAAACAAGAGCAAAAAUUGAAGUCUUACUAGAUAAGGAAUUUCCGAAAUUCUCUGAAGAGGAGCUAAACAAUAGAAUGAGAAGUGAUCCUACUUAUUUAUCGGCCAGAGUAGAAAUUUUUGAUAAAGUAAACCAAAUGUACAUAGAAAUCAAACAAAGGUCUCCAAGCUCCAAAUUGAAAUUUGCCAAACCAGUUGAUAAUGUCCCAGUUCCCAAAAGGAAAAAAUCUUUAUCAGAUGAUAAUGUAAAAGAGCCUGAAGCUGUUAGUUCAAAGCAAGAUCCACUUAAAUCCCCUAAGCUGAAGUCUCAAAAUUCUGACUCAAAAAUAAUCAAGCCAGAAAAAAAAUUUAUUGCGAUGAAUCCUGAAGUUCUUCAUCAAUUGUCAUCUAAAAGCCUAAAUUUAAAUGUCCAAGAAGCAAAUAAAGCCUCUGAAUCUGAGGUAAAAAACAUUGAAGAGGAAGAAGAAAAAAAAAUUUAUAAAAUAAUUUCUGAUAACAAAAUUAAUUAUUUUUAAAAAUAAAUUUUAUCCAUUUAUGCAUUUUAGGUAUAUAAGAUUUCAGGAAGAAUUGAUGAUAGUAUUGCCUCAAAAGAAUCAAAAUUAAUUCAAGGGGUAGAACAUAUUCAAAAUAAAGAAUCAAUAAAAGAUCCAACAAUAGUAGAAAAAAGUACAAACAAUUUUAGAGAAGGAGCUGUUUUUGGGGAAAGAAAUCUUGGGAAAAAUUCUGUUCCAAUGCUAACUACUCAAAAAAUGAAAAAACAAAUGCUACUUAUAGGGACAAAAGCAAUACUAAAGCUGCUGAAUAGGGACGUUAAAAAGCAUGAUGUGGAGCUGCAAGAAGUAUUUUAA